CGGUAAAACUCCGUGAUUUCAACUCCAUUCCUGUAGCCAUCGUGCCGGAACCGAGCACGAUUCACCCGUCAUGCUUCGCAGGUUUCUAUGUCUUCGGACUCUCGCCAGUAUCGGGAGCGGCAAUUAAAGGUUGGCUCCAUCGCUGUCCCUCGGCAGUCGGCGCAGGGUCCGGGGUAACUAGCAUCAAACAUCUAGCAAUUCCCCGCUGGACAAAGACCUACAUAACCAAUCAAUUGCCGGUCAACGUUGUCUCUUUUUUCUUUUGUAACUACGCAGCGUACAACAUAUAUUUACAGAGUGCCCUUUGUUAAUUUAUUGUUUUCCGAAGUAAUCACUACUUCCCUGCUUCCUCUCAGCGUUGCUCCGUUAUUUAGUUACCUUAUCACGAUGGCCCCUCAAGACCGCAUUGCACAGGUGUCCUCCCACCUUAAUUACCCGCAAGGUCUGCUUGCUGGCCAAGUUGCUAUUAUUACUGGGGCUGGCCAGGGUGUUGGUGCUGAGGCCGCCCGCCUAUUUGCCAACGAGGGAGCGAAGGUUGUUGUUGCGGAUCUCGAUGCCAAAAAAGCAGAGGGUGUUGUGAAAUCGAUCAAUGAUGCCUCGCCUGGACGAGCCAUUGCGGUCGUAGGCGAUGUGACUGAUCCAACAUACGCGAAAACGGUAGUGCAGAAAGCUGCGGAGUUCGGCAAUGGGAAGAUUCACAUCAUCGUUAAUAACGCUGGAUAUACAUGGGACGGUGUUAUUCAUAAGCUCUCUGAUAAGCAAUGGGAGACCAUGAUCGCCGUCCAUGCCACGGCCCCCUUCAAACUCGUCCAGGCCGCCGCUCCAUAUUUCAGAGUAAAGGACGGCGCGGAUAGAGUAAUCGUUAACAUCAGCAGCACCAGCGGCAUCCACGGAAACCCUGGUCAAGUCAACUACGCCGUCGGCAAAGCUGGCAUGGUCGGCCUUACCAAGACCAUCGCGAAGGAAUGGGGUCCACAAUUCGGCGUGCGUGCCAACACCGUUGCCUUCGGCUUGGUGCUUACACGGCUGACCGCAGCCAAGGAGGGUGGUGCCUUCAUCACAACACCUGACGGUGAGAAGGUCGCUCUUGGAAUCCCUUCGUCCCAGUUGGCGGCUAGGGCUGGGACCGACGAGAAGGAUAAAUACCCCGAUAUCCCGCUGAGAAGAGGCGCCACUCCCACGGAGGCGGCAAGGUCGAUUUUGGCCGUUGUGAGUCCCCUACUUAGCUAUGUUAACGGACAGACUAUAAUGGUUACGGGAGGGCGGAAUAUGUAAGCUCUGUUUGUUUGGUAGUUAUGUAAGCGGCGGUACUGGUGAUUGGAUGGGUUUCGCGUUAGUCUUGAGAUAUAUUUUUGUUAAUUAUAUGCGAAUGUAGACUUGUAUUUUGUGAAAGCGUUUUUGUGCUGCACUCCUUUAAUUUACUAGUUCAUUUCCCCCCCGUUCCACCUGUCGAAUCAAAUGGAGGAGUCGAUGGCAAGCUCUAUCUAGGAAACCGCUGUGGAUCUAGUGGGGAGAUUCGUUGAAUUCGAAAAAGGCGUGCUUGAGUGUAUAAUACGCGAUAUGUAUCCGGUAGGUUGUGCCACGUAUUCGGAGCAUGCACCUCACCUGGCAUUGCAUACAGAACUUGAAGCGGUAUCCUAUCAAACUGGGAACGAAAAUAAUUUGGAGCGACCCAUGCAUCACAACUUAACGAGGCUCUGUAAACUGACUGCAUAGAGGCCUUACUAUUCACCGAUUGAAAAGUUUCCUACUUACAAUAUGGGCCUUUAUUCCGACACGCUUGUAGGUAACAGCGCCUGGCCUUUAUGCAUAGAUGCAUGCAGGGCAAGUUAUUAUUGUAUGGACAGAUAAAUCGACGAUCAGGUAGUGAGCAAAUCCAGGUACGUAAAAUGAACAAUAGUGUGUUGGAAAUAGUGAGGCGGAAGCCCUAUAUGGUUGUAAACCGUGUUCUCGGGUAAAAGUAAUAAGACGAACCAAGUUGGGUAUCAGUAAUGUACGAGCAUUGGAGCGCAAGACGUGAAAGCGGACAUGAGAAUAAUGGACAAAGGUGAGGAGAAGAAAAAGGAAAAAAAAAACCAGAAAAUCGCAAAAAUCCUUCAACAAGAUACCGACCAACUCCGAAAAAAAAAUAUGCAACAAUGGACACGAGCCGCCAAACCGAAGAAUAAAAACAACCCCUUUCUAUAUGGCGCCAUUAGAAAAAUGAAAUUCCAGGACGGUCCUGCCCGUACUUUCGUUUUGUUACGGUACGCGAAAUCCAAC